UCAAACUCGAUGUUCCCCAGUCAAAAAAAAAGCGCCCGUCUUAUUCAUCGCGCCUUCAUCCAGUCAGUAGCCUACGACAGUCAGUGCGGAUCGCAUCCUCGCCUUGCCGCUGCAUAACAAGAGAGUGCGGAGUGAUCAGGCAGUGCGGAUGAGAUUGUGCGCAAGAGGAGCCUGCGUUCAUGUACGCUAGAGCUAGUAGUGCUGAAACGCGCUCAGUUGCACAGGCGAGCGGAGGAGCCCCGUUGAUCACGAGAAACGGAGAUUUUUCUAUUACCUAUACGAGGAAUUUACUCCAAGUACUUGGAUUGAUGCAAGACCUACCCAUAUCAACUUGAUCUGAACAACAACAAAAAAAUUGUAGGGAAAUACAUGGCAACGAUCUAAAGAAAGUUCUAAACUUUAAAUAGCCAACCAGCACUGAUGCUUAAACUGUGUUCGGAUGGCAGUAGAGACUUUCAGCUCUCGGAGCUGCGGUUAACAUAAUCUGCCGUUGAUUUUUACUUUUUUUUUUUUUUUUUUUUUGUAAAAUUACCGUAUUCAAGAGGAGGGCGAGGACCAAAAAGAGCUUCCACAGUCAGUCCAGUCGGAGCUUUCGUGCGCACACGUUUAGUCUGGACUGCAGGACAAGUGUUGAAGACUCCGGAAAGAUGCUGGUGUUUUACAUCGCAUUGUGCCUUUUAGGAACAGUGUCUCAAGCAGCCUACUUCUCCCAGCAGCCCCAGGACCAAGUAGUUGUUGCUGGCCAAUCAGUAACCUUGCCCUGUGUGAUUGUGGGAUAUCGGGGCAUGGUGCAGUGGACCAAAGAUGGCCUGGCAUUAGGUGGCGAACGAGACCUACCAGGUUGGGUACGUUACUCUCUGGUGGGAGACCCGCUAUCAGGUGAGCACAGCUUGGUGAUCGAUUCAGCUGAGCUAGGCGAUGAUGCAGUCUACGAGUGUCAAGCCACGCAGGCUGGGCUGCGAUCACACAGAGCCAAACUGACGGUGCUGGUGCCACCUUCAGAUCCAGUAGUAGAAGGAGGGCCAGCUGUUCGACUGAAAGCUCACACCCCUCAUAACCUGACAUGCCGGGCAUCCGGAGCCAAACCCGCCGCAGAAAUUACCUGGUACCGAGAUGGAGAGAUAAUGCACGAUGCCAUCUACUCAAAGACUUUGAUGGAGGAUGGAAAGAGAGAAACAGCGGUUAGCUUGCUACCCAUGGUGCCUGAGGACAGCGAUUCUGGACGUACCUACACCUGCAGGGUCCUAAACCCAGCCGCCCCCGCAGGUCGCCAAACUUCGGUUACCAUCAAUGUUCAACAUCCUCCGUCUGUGACUCUGUCUGUUCAGCCUCAGACGGUGAUGGAGGGAGCGAAAGUGUUGUUCAUCUGCUCUGCCUCUGCCAACCCUGAGAUCACAGGUUACAGAUGGUCCAAAGGUGGGAUUCCUAUCUCAGAGGCCAAUGGCGACAGCCUGGAGGUGACCGUAGAUCACUCUUACUUCACAGACCCAGUUUCCUGCGAGGUGUCCAACUCAGUAGGAAGUACUAAUGUCAGCACCUUGGUGGAUGUACAAUUUGGUCCCAGGUUGCUGACAGAACCAAAACCCCAGACAGUGGACAUAGGGAUGGAUGCUGCUUUCACUUGUUCGUGGACGGGCAACCCUCCCCUCACUCUGGCCUGGACCAAACAAGGAUCCAGUGUGGUGCUCAGCAAUAGUAACACCCUGCAGUUGAAGGCAGUCACCCAAGAGGAUUCUGGGACGUACACCUGCAAAGCCAUCGUGCCUCGAAUCGGUGUGGCCGAGAGAGACGUAACUCUAACUGUCAAUGGCCCUCCCAUCAUCACGGCUGAGGCCACGCAGCAGGCCGUCAAGCAUUCCAAGGGCAAGCUGGAGUGUCUGGUUGGUAGCAGCCCUCCUCCUGACAAGAUUGUGUGGACAUUUGGGGAUAUGAUCUUGUCAUCUGGCUCUUCUGGUCGUUUCUCCGUGCAGACAGUAAACAGUGACCAGGGGGUCCUCUCCUCGCUAAUUCUCUCAGAGACUCUGGCCCAAGAUUUCCAGCUUCGAUACAACUGCACUGCUUGGAACCGCUUCGGUACAGGCACAGCAUUGGUCACUCUUGAAGAGCAAGAGGCCCUCCCCUUGCUAAUCAUCAUUGGAGCAUCGGUGGGCGGAGGCUGCGUCUUCAUCGUUUGUGUCAUCACCCUGGUUUCCAUCUGCUGCCGCCACACUGCUAAAGGCAAAAAGGGCACACGUCUGUCUAAGAGCGACAUCCGCGUACAAAUCGUACACAGUGACCACAACGCAGCAAGAGGAAAUGACGAUGAGGAGGAUGUGAAGGAGCCUAUGGCUCCCAACAGCAGUGAGUCUCCAGGAACUUCUCGCACAGAGCACAGCGACCUACUGGAGGAGGAGGAAGAUGAGAGAUCAGAUAUCAAGGAUCCCACCAAUGGCUACUACAAUGUGCGGGCUCACGAGGACCGCAACAUCACGAGAACCGGCUUCUCCGAAUAUGUCCCUAAUGCUCGCCCAGUCUACACUCCCUCUCAGCUUCCCUCGCCGAGCCCCUUAUACGGCCAACAGUCCGCUCAGCCUCGGAUUUACGACUUCUCCCAGCGUUACGCCACAACCCCUGCCACACGCACCACCUAUGAGCAACAGCAGUCGCAACAACCACAGCAACAACAGCAAACUCCCACCAUCUACCCCCAGGAGCCAGUCUACGCAGGCUCCGCCUACCUGCCCGCCACCUACGGUCGCGCCUUUACAAGCUACGUCAAACCCGCCUCCUUCGAAAAGGUCGACGGAUACGAGCAUUCAGACCAGGCCAGCAAAGUAUCUAGCUCCUCCCGUUUCUCAUACGCAUCCUCGCAGGUGUCGUCACAGCAGUCGGACUAUGGGCGGCCCUCGCAGCAACGCAUGCAGACUCAUGUGUGAAGGCUCCCUAAAAGACCCGCUGAGGGUUUGGCAUGAUCAGUGUCACAAGGACAUUCUUCUGAAUUGGCUUCAGGAGGGGUUAAGCAAACUUUAAACUGAGAUACAAGAGGCGGAAAAGCUUUAUUGCCGUCUUGAAAGUGAAUGUUGGAUCGAUGAGAGACUUUUUUUUCUCCGAAAGAACUACGACGUGCCACUCAAGCUUAGAAGUCACCUUCAAGCGACUGAUUUUCUUUCCCCAAAUGCUGAACUUUAGGGGAAAUGAACACUGUCCGUCAAUUUGUUGCACUGUAUUUCUGCAAAAUGUCUCCAGCACUAACUCUUCUAGAUCUUGGAGAGAGAGAGAGAGAGAGAGAGAGAGCAGUGCUGUGAAGUGCCCUCAUGAACUAACCUUUGUAAAUGGGGACAAGACCAUGACACUAUGCUGAAACAAUCAAAAUUACGUGAAAUAAAAAGUAAAAUAAGAAAAAAAGUAAAAAAAAAAAAAUGUGUUUGUUGGCAUGCUGAUGGAAUUGUAAGCACAUUUGUGUAUCAAUGACAACAUGUCUUGCCUACACAAAGUGGCUCAAAGUUCAAUCCACAAAAGCAGGGGAGCAGAAGGCAAGAGCGCAUGCGCUCACCCUGAGAAAUCUGCAGUCUGCACGGCUGUUGGGCUCUCAAGAGAGUGUUUAUGUAAAGCCUCAAUGGACCAGUGCAGGAAACUGGAAUCUGGAAUGCUUUGGUUAAAACAUAAUAAUAAAAAAUUGACAAAAUCCAUAAAAUGUAUUUCUGUCUGAUUGAUGGAACAAGGAUUAGCCAAUCCCCAAAGAAGCUAAUUUAGAGGAGCGGUGUUUUUAAGUUAUGCUCUCAAGAAUUUGUUGCAGAGUUCAGAGUAGAGCCCAUUUCGGGACCACGAUUUCUAUAUGUACGGCAAACCUAAAUUACCACACGGUCUUGCAGUGUGCCGUAAUACUCUUGUAAUGUUCCUCUUUACGUGACCACUGUAUGUUAUUAAAUACAGAGUGUGCCAAGGUGACAGUUAUGUCAUGCUGACAUUGCUGACACUGUCAGGUAGCACCAACAUGUUUACAUAGAAGAAGAAGGAAAAAAAAAAAACAGAAAAAGAAAUAGCAAGUUAAAAUGCAGUACUGUCCAUAUCUACUUAAAGCCACUUCAAUGACUGUACAAAUUGUUGGGAAAUUCACUCCUGUCUGUUGCAUGCAGAUGAUGUGUGUACGUGAACGUAUUCAGCAUUUCUUCUCAUCUGUUUGUUCCUUGUGUGAGAAACCGCUUACUGCACCCUUCGUCAAUUCGAUCGUGGAGACUUGCAUUUGGAGGUUUCCAUACUGCCAUUUCUUUUAAGCCUGAAUGGUUGGCUCCGUUUGGAAAGAAAAAAAAAAAAAAAAAAACGUCAAAUUGAACUGUAAGAUAUGCGAAACAAAA